AACUUUUACUGUCUCCUCUUUUAUUUAGAAUUCUUUGCAAUCAAAUUUUCAUCGCCUUGAAGCUUUGAGUUUCAGGAUCGAGACGAGCGUUUUUUUCCAUAUUUUAUUGAUCCAUUAAAUUGUUGGGGAGAUUCAUUUCUCGGCAACCCUAUGAGCAAAUGGUAAUCUCAUUGCUGUCACAAAAUUCGGAAGAAAUGUAUGGUGCACUUGUAUCAGGAAACCAUGGUCUACUCUUGAACGUGGGUACUAUUAUUUUUGGGUUUCUUCUUCCUAUAUUGCUUUCUUUAAUGGUCUUUGGAAAGAAGAAAGCCAAAACAAGGGGAGUUCCAGUUGAAGUUGGUGGAGAGCCUGGUUUUACAGUGAGAAACAAUAGAUUUGAUGCUUUGGUUGAGUUACCAUGGGAAGGGGCCUCAACUCUUGCUGCUCUUUUCGAGCAGGCUUGCACGAAGUACGGUCGCAAUAAGUUUAUUGGUUCAAGAAAGCUUAUCAGUAGAGAAACAAUGACCUCAGGUGAUGGAAGGCCUCUUGAGAAACUCCAUCUUGGUGAAUAUGAAUGGUUGAGUUUUACAGAGACUUUUAAUCGUGCUUGUGAUUUUGCUUCGGGUCUUGUGAAAUUGGGGCAUAAUCCAAACCUUCGUGUUGUGAUUUUUGCUGAAACUAGGGCUGAAUGGUUUAUCGCCUUGCAGGGUUGUUUCCGUAAGAGCAUCACGGUUGUUACAAUCUAUGCUUCUUUGGGAGAAGAGGCUCUUACCCACUCAAUUAAUGAGACACAGGUCUCUACAGUGAUAUGUGACUCCAAACAACUCAAAAAAUUGGCUGCUAUAAGUUCAAAUUUGGAGACUGUCAAGAACAUAAUUUACAUAGAAGAUGCUGGAGUUUCAGUGGAUUCUGGUUUGUCAGAGAAAAUGCCAAAUUGCAUAUUAUCAUCCUUUUCUGAAGUUGAAAAAAUUGGGAAAGAAAAUCCCACUGAUCCAAUACUACCAGUCAAAACUGACAUUGCGGUCAUCAUGUAUACAAGUGGAAGCACAGGAGUACCCAAGGGAGUGAUGAUGACCCAUGGAAAUAUUAUUGCGACUGCAGCAGCUGUGAUAACAACAAUUCCCAAUCUGGGCAUCAAAGAUAUUUAUUUGGCAUAUCUUCCUUUAGCACAUGUUCUUGAGUUGGCAGCUGAAGCUGUGAUGUUAGCUGCAGGCUGUGCAAUAGGUUAUGGUUCAGCAUGGACUUUAACUGACACAUCGAAUAAAAUCAAACAAGGAACAGAAGGCGAUGCUUCAGCCUUGAAACCCACACUCAUGGCAGCUGUUCCUGCAAUUUUAGAUCGUGUACGGGAUGGUGUUAGGAAAAAGGUUGAAGAAAAGGGUGGGAUGUCAAAGAAGCUCUUUGACAUUGGAUACAAACGUAGGCUUGCAGCUAUAGAGGGAAGCUGGUUUGGUGCUUGGGGACUAGAAAAGGUCUUGUGGGAUUUCAUUGUUUUCAAGAGAAUACGUUCCAUACUCGGAGGACAUGUUCGCGGUGUGCUUUGUGGUGGAGCUCCUUUGUCAGGAGACACUCAAAGAUUCACUAAUAUAUGCCUUGGGGCACCAGUAGAGCAGGCAUAUGGAUUGACUGAGACAUGUGCUGGGGGCACAUUUUCUGAUUGGGAUGAUGAAUCUGUUGGUCGUGUGGGGCCUCCUCUUCCAUGUUGCUAUGUAAAGCUUAUUUCUUGGGAAGAGGGUGGAUAUAGGACUUCUGAUACACCAAUGCCUCGAGGGGAAGUUGUCAUUGGGGGACUGAGUGUAACUCCUGGUUAUUUCAAAAAUGAAGAAAAAACUAAAGAGGUUUACAAGACGGAUGAAAAGGGGGUUCGAUGGUUUUAUACUGGUGAUAUUGGGAGAUGUCAUCCUGACGGUUGUCUAGAGAUCAUUGAUAGAAAGAAGGAUAUAGUGAAACUUCAACAUGGAGAAUAUAUUUCUCUUGGAAAGGUUGAGGCAGCCUUGUUAACAAGCAACUAUGUGGACAAUAUUAUGGUGCAUGCUGACCCAUUCCACAGCUACUGUGUCGCAUUGGUUGUCCCAUCACGGCGUUCUAUUGAAAGCUGGGCCAAGAAUUCAGGUAUUGAGUGCAAGGAUUUCACGGACCUGUGCCAGAAGCAGGAAACUAUCAAAGAGGUUCAGCAAGCUCUCAUGAAGGCAGGAAAGGAUGCAAAGCUAGACAAGUUUGAAAUCCCGGCAAAGAUCAUGUUGUCGCCUGAUCCAUGGACACCAGAAUCCGGAUUGGUAACUGCUGCCCUCAAGAUAAAGAGAGAAAAUUUGAAGACCAAGUUCAAAGACGAGGUGCAUAACCUGUAUGAGUGAGAAGCAUACACAGAUUCCAGUGUCUUAUAUCUGAACCUCAAAUGAUUUCUAAGUCUAGAGCUUUCAAAGUCAAACUUCUUUGCCUUCACGAUGACAUCAACCCCUUGGGGUGGUAUGUCAUUUACUCAUUUUCAGCCAUUGCCUGCCCCACUUUUUGCUGUGUGUGUGUGUCAUUUUCAGCCAUUGCGUGCCCCAAUUUUGGUGUGUUUGUGUGUGAGAGCUUCAGAUCUUGGGCUACUGUCUCUCUCUAUCAUCUAUGUGCAUGUGCUACCAGUACACAGAUUUCUGGCCAUUGCCAACCUCUCUCUCCCUCUAUGUGCGUGUGUUACCUCAGAUAUCUAGCCGCCAGUUCUCUCUCUCUCACACACAUUGGUCAGCAGGGGGCCAGAAGUUUGCGGCAACUGCCGGGUCUUGACCUGCAUUAGGAUGUCAAUAAUCUUGUACUUAUUUAAAGUAUCGGUAGAAACAUCGAUAUCUAAUAUUGCUAAUGCCAGUACUGUACUCCAUUCUAUCUCGUAGUGUAAGGUUGUUUGGGAUGCUAUAGAUUUUCUAUUUUAUUUCAUAACGGCUAGGUGGUGUGCUUUGUUUAA